GCAAGACAUCUGUACAUUUGCGACUUCCACAAAAACUUAAUUCAGAGUGUGAGAAACAGAAGAAAGAGGAAAGGCAGCGAUGAUGAUGGUGACUCACCAGUGCAAGACAUCGACACUCCAGAGGUUGAUUUGUAUCAGUUACAAGUAAACACACUUCGAAGGUACAAAAGACACUUCAAGCUACAGACCAGACCGGGACUUAACAAAGCACAGCUUGUUGAAAUAAUUGGCUGCCAUUUUAGGACAAUUCCAGUGAAUGAAAAGGACACCUUAACAUAUUUCAUCUACUCGGUGAAGAAUGACAAGAACAAACCGGAUCUAAAGAUGGAUAGUGGAGUUCAUUAGAUGGAAAAGGUUGGGACUGAGACUCAGGCUGCAAAUCAAAAGACUUGAGGGUUUUUGUUGAUAUGCAAAAGCUUUCUUUGUAACUUUUUUCUCCCUGGAGAGUUCAUCCCUGUUUUAUUUUUCAUAACCUUGCUGAUUUGUUUGAAAACCAUCUCUUAUGAAACAAAUUUCCUCAGCAAAACUAUUUUAAAUAAAUAUCACUGAUAUUGUUGCUCAA